UCGAGCCAAAAUUCGAAAACCGAUGUAUAGAUGCGAUUCAAAUCUACUCAUAUUUACGCCGGCACCUGUCGCUGCACCAACAUUUUUCACUGCAUAGAUCCCUCAAAUUUCACGAACAGAUCCACAGCCAUAAUCUCCACUUUUCAGAGUAUCUAACUAAUGAAGGCUGUAUAGUGUACCUGAUCCAUAAUUUUGUUCUCAAUUUGUUUUGUCUUUGGGUGUCACGGAAUGGAGUUUACUGAAGCUUAUAAGCAGGCGGGCCCUUGUGCUUUUUCUCCAAAUGCUCGGUUUCUUGCAGUUGCAGUCGAUUAUCGCCUCGUGAUUCGUGAUGUUCUCACAUUCAAGGUGGUGCAACUAUUUUCGUGCUUGGACAAAAUAACUUACAUAGAGUGGGCCCUUGAUUCAGAGUAUAUAUUGUGUGGUUUGUAUAAGAGACCUAUGAUACAAGCAUGGUCCUUGGCACAACCUGAAUGGACAUGCAAAAUAGAUGAAGGUUCUGCCGGAAUUUCCUAUGCAAGGUGGAGUCCCGAUAGUCGCCAUAUACUCACCACAUCUGACUUUCAAUUGAGGUUAACAGUUUGGUCAUUGUUAAACACUGCAUGCAUACAUGUGCAAGGGCCGAAGCAUGGUUCAAAGGGAGUGUCAUUUACCAAAGAUGGAAAGUUUUCUGCAAUAUGUACUAGACGUGAUUGCAAGGACUAUGUCAAUCUACUUUCUUGUCAUACAUGGGAAAUUAUGGGUGUUUUUGCGGUUGACACAUUGGAUUUGGCUGAUAUCCAAUGGUCACCUGAUGACAGUGCCAUAGUUAUCUGGGAUUCCCCUCUUGAAUAUAAGGUUCUGAUAUAUUCCCCAGACGGAAGGUGUCUAUCCAAGUAUCAAGCUUACGAAUGUGGAUUAGGUGUAAAAAGUGUUUCAUGGUCACCAUGUAGUCAAUUUUUGGCAGUAGGAAGUUAUGACCAGAUGAUUCGGGUUCUAAAUCACUUGACAUGGAAAGUAUUUGCAGAAUUUACGCACCUAUCGACUGUUCGUGGCCCGUGUGGUGCUGCUAUUUUCAAGGAAGUGGACGAGCCAUUGCAACUUGAUAUGUCAGAAUUGUCACUGAAUGAUGAUUUUGCUCAACGCAGUGCUGAUAGUGUUUCUGAAACACAAAUUCAAGUUAGGUAUGAUGUUAUGGAAGUGCCAAUUACUCUCCCCUCCCUGAAGCCUCCAGCAGAUAAACCAAAUCCUAAGCAAGGAAUCGGUCUUAUGUCUUGGAGCAGUGACAGUCAGUACAUAUGUACUCGUAAUGAUAAUAUGCCAACGGUUCUUUGGAUAUGGGAAGUGCACCAUCUUGAGCUUGCGGCUAUCUUGAUUCAAAAGGAUCCCAUUCGAGCGGUAGCGUGGGACCCAAAGUAUCCACGUCUACUUUUAUGUACCGGAAGUAACCAUUCAUACAUGUGGACGCCCUCAGGCGCUUACUGCAUAAACAUUCCGUUUCCACAGUUUUCUGUCAUCGAUCUGAAAUGGAAUCUAGACGGAAGUUGUCUUCUUCUCAAAGACAAGGAGUUGUUCUGUUGUGCUGCUUUGCCGAUGCUACAAGAAUCUAGUGAUUAUAGCUCAGAUGACUGACCCUUCCAUUACUCGUCUCACCAUAUGAUUAUGUGAAUAUUCAUCGACUAAUUAUUAUUUUUCAGGAUGUCUUGUAAUAUUAUGUAGUUUGGUUUGAGAAUUAGCUUUAGCACCCAAAACCAGAAUCCUUGUUUGAAUUUAAUAUUUUGAUUGUAUUUUAAUGGUCAAAUUGCAUUAUAUUUUCUACUUGGGUUGGGAUA